AACCAUUUUUAUCAUCAGUGCCUGCAAACUUCCUUUCCAUUCUCAGUUCCAGGACCUUCAGCUGUGAGACCUACCAAGUUGUGGUACAAGCAUUUAGCUCACAAGAACCGGCCAUGCAAGAUAAGCAAAAAUUGUCCGUCAUCAGUAAUUUAAUCAAGCCCUUCCUCAAAGGUCAGUCCUGUGUGCUGCCCGGGAGCAACGACUCAGACUGGCUGGUGAAGAAUUUUGGCCAAUUCAGGAGUUCUGCUUCAUUUUCUGACUUCAUCAGCCUGAAGAGUGACUUCAAUGGAGUAAAUGCAGCAAAGGUUCUAACUUCAUCCCAGUUGGCAGAACUUUGCUCCGACCCCACUCGACUUACUGGUCCCCAGGAUGUAAACACUGUGAUGGCGGCUGUCAACCUGAACCAAUUCACCUCCUUCUUUGACAGCCUCACUUCCAGCAUCCAGCGGAAUGCCUCGCUGUACUCCACUGUGGUGAAGGAAGCUUUCCUCCAGGCGGCUCUGGUGAGAGGUGGACUGUCCUCUGCAGCAGUUGCUGAUUCAGAAGUGCUGCAGUGGGUGACCGUUCGGCUCAGGCCGCUCCUCUCCAGCCUCUCCUCUGCAGAUGUAACACCAUACUUCAGCAUCAUCAGAGGCAGGAGCUGCAACACCAGACAGACAGCAGUGAGCAGUUUGGACUCUGUGAGAUCGUCUUUCAACAGCGACACACAGACCCAAAUCUACAGCAACAUCCAGCAGCUCCUCACUGGGCUGAAUGGUUUGGACUGCUACAGUGGCGGGAGCUUCUAUGCCUUCCUCAAGAACUCCUUCCUCAGUUUUGGGUUUCCUGACCUGAGUACCUUUUUGUCCCUCAUCCCAGCCAGCCGACAGCAAGAGCUGUUGGGCUCCAUCUCUCCAGCAGAACUGAGCGUGUUUCUGAAUGGGCCGAACACAGUCAGGAACGGGUCAGACCUCUGCACGCUCCUCAACAACUACAACAGCACCAACCAGUACCUGCAGACGCAGCCAGUUGUAUCUGCAGCUGUGGGCAGACAGACGUUGGGGUGCGUUUGGUCUCGUGCUCUCAGCGCGUCUCAGGAUGAGGUGGAUCAGUGGUUUAAUGUCAGACUGGCUCAGUACCUGCCCCUCCUCAGCUCUCAGCUCAUCAGCCCCACCCAGCUCAGUGGCGCCUCCUGCCUGUCAUACAGGAAACUGGUUUCAGUCCUGGGGAACAGCUAUAAUUACUCAGCCACGGAUUUCACUCCAGCUGUUGUGUACAGCUCUAUGAAGGCUUAUCUGAACAGCAGUGAUGGCUCUCCACGCUGCUAUAACUCCUCCAAUCCUCUUCUGAACUCCACUGCCUGGUUUGCCAACAACAUUGGAUUCUUCAUCACCUUCAUCUCCCUCACUGAUCUCCAGUCCUUUGUAUCAGACAGCCAGAUCGGUGUGUUCCUGGAAAACUCACAGAAUAUUCAGCUGUUUAACAACUCAGGGAUUUCAUCCAAUGUCACCACAUACUACGGCACGCAGCUAUAUAUGAAGAAUCCAAAAUACAACCCCCUCAGUUUGCCAGGUGUCCUCCUGUGUGGAGCUCCUGGCUCUGCAUUUGUGUCUCUGACAACUGCAGACAGCCAGAGCAUCCUGGACAGCCUCAAGAAAUCCUGCCAACAAAUUAGUCCAGAGGCUACUGCGGCUCUUGUGGCAAACUUCCCCACUUUGUCCUCGGAUACCAUCAAGUCACUUGGCAACCAGAGCAUUGGUCUGUCAGAGGGACAGAUCAGCAAUGCUAAACCCGAUAUCAUUAACAAUACUCUGCCAGUACUGAGCGUCAUCACAGGCUGGAACCAGGGUCAGGUCAACAGCAUCAUCCAGAGCAUCACUAACGCUGGCUUCAGUAUCAACAGUGGCUCCGCCCUGGUGAUACUGGGUACGCUCAUUGGAGGUGUUCCCUCAGCAGCCAUCUCUAAAAUUCCAUCCACUGAGCUUCUCACCGUUUCCCAGAAUCCAACAUUCAUCACCAACAUUCUGACAGCCCCAGUGAUCUUUCAAGAAACAUACGUACUGAAGAUUGUCACUAUAGAUCAGACUAAAGUGGUGGAGAAUGUCCCAGAUGCUUUGGCAGGGUUUAUCCCACCAGUGCUGCUGUCGUCUCCCACCUCUGUUAAUAUUACACUCAUUAACAAGAAGAGCUGGAGACCAGAACAGGCGGUGGUGUUGUUCAGCUCAGUGGCCAGCGCCAGUGACAACACAGAAGAGCUGUCUGAAUCAAUACUGCAGGGAUUCACCUGCAGUGCAGUUCAGAAUCUACCACGCUCAAAAGUCACACAGCUGGUGAGAGCCUGCAGAGCACGUGCUGGCAGGAACAAGGUCGUCCUGAAAGAGCCUCAGCUGACCUGUAUGUACAACUACGUGAAAGAUGGAUCAAAUCUGACCUUCACUGACCUUCCUGCUGACAUGCUUCUGUACUACAACCUUCAGACACUGACGAAGGUGAACUGCGGGUCGUAUUUCAAAGCUCUGGGUGGAGCGGAUUUCUCGGUUCUCUCCAGCGUCCUCAACAGACAGUCUGCCUUGUUCACGAAAGCAAAGGACUGCCUGGGUAUAUCUGGUGUGAGUCUGAACAGGACUCAGGUGGAGAUUCUGGGUAAUAUGGCCUGCACACUGGACCCCACCUACAUCCAGAACUCUGACCCACUCAUCCUGGAGAAACUGAAGAACUGUGGAGAUCUUUCUGUCUCUCAGGUCACCGCAAUACAGACACUGCUCUUCUCUGGCAACACUUCUUAUGGUAAUCCCUCAAAAUGGACACAGCAGACUCUGGACCAGCUGGGCAUCUUGCCCCUCUACCUCGACCAAAGCUUCUGGGGCAAAUUUAGCUCUACGACAACAACAACCUUCCUGAGGUCAUUCUUUCCAUCCCUGAGGAAACAGAAAGUCCAGAAAUGGAAACUCAGGACAUUGUUUACAGCAGCCAACAGUUUUACAGCAAAAAGCAUUAACACCAAAGCCAGAGCGCUCACAAGAGCAGCAUGCACAACAGGCAACAUCACAGAGGCAACAAUUGCAGAUCCCUCAUUCCCUCUUGGCUACGACUCCACCCAGUUUGAUGCAUGUUUGGACAACACAUUCCUGAAGGACAACAUAGCAGCCAUCACUGAGAAAGUCAUAGACUCCAGCUUCCUGACAAUCAUUCUGAGCAAAUUAAACCAGUUGUUCCCAUCAGGCCUUUCUGACAGUGUGGUGCAGAUUCUGAAUGCUAUGUCUCGUGUGGCCACUGUUAGUGACAUCAGCAAGUGGAACAUCACCACAACUGACACACUGUCCUCUCUGAUGAAUGUGAUUAAUGGAGACUGGACCUCAGACCAGAGUAAAGCGAUCAUCAUGAAGUAUCUGAGCGUGGCUGUUAACACUCUGGGAACUGCUGAGAUAAACGCAAUCGGCUCCAACCUCUGUUCUUUGGAUUCCAGUGUCCUCAAAUCCAUCACUGCUCAAAGCCUGAAGUCAGUGAACCCUGUGAAUGUAUCCUCAUGUUCCAUUGAUCAGAAAUCAGCUCUGUACAGCAUCGCCAACUCCUCGUUCAGCACUCAACGCAGCGACCCAACAGUGUUCUACCAACUCAUCAGCUCUUACCUGGGUGGAGCUCCUGUGGAGGACAUAAUUGCUCUUUCUGCUCUGAACGUCAGCAUGGACAUCACCACCUUCUUGAAUCUGAACCCAGAUGUGAUCAAGGCCCUGAAUGUAAACACAGUUAUCAGCCUGAUGGGACAGAACAAGGCUGACCUGAAACUGUUUGAGAACACCACAACGGUCAGGAUGUGGGCGGCUCAGCAGUACAAUUCUGAGUUGGCUGUACUCGGACUUUCAGGAGGCAAAGCGGACCCCGUCAGCUCUACGGCUGCACCCGCCACUACGUUCACAACAGUAUUAACUAGCAUCACCAUCACACAGACCAACCAGACCGUCAACACAACGGGUUCAGCUGUUGUCCAUCAUGGUUCAGGACUGUGGCUCAUCUCUCUGUGUGUAGGACUUCUGACCAUCACACUGCACACACUAUGAUAACCAUCAGCCCAAAUAACCCUCACACACUUCUAAUGCACUGCACUCUAAUUUAACUCACUAUACAGUUUCACUUUAAAACACUUAAUAUUUGUUUCACUUGUUUAUAAUUAUACAGAAAAAUCAA